CUGACUAAUCGCCGGGUGUCGGCUGGAGCGGCGCGCUGGACCGCGGUGCGCUCUGACAGCAGAAGCGGGUUAUUAUCCCACUCAUCUGGCAGCACGAUGGUGGAUGAGGAAGCGGUGAAGAAAAUGCUGCGGACUGUUCUACAGUCCAGGUCUGCAAUCUCCUUGCCUCGUCUGCAGAACGAAUAUAAAGAAUUGACAGGUGAAACCAUACCACACAAACAGCUGGGACAUACCACAGUGGAUGCCCUGCUGCACAGUAUGCCCUCAGUGGUGCAGCUGGACAGGAAUCGCUCGGGGGAGGUGAUGUGUUAUGCCACUAUGGGGAAUGAAAAAGAAAACAUCACAAAGCUAGUGGCUAGACAGCAUGCAGCUAAGAAGACUGGCCGUCCUCAGAUGGUCAACUGCCAGAUGAGAGUCAAACCUACUUCUCCUUUGGUGUUAAACGCCAAACCCAGGACGUCUCUUAGGCAACCUGAAUACCGCGGUCGUCACGGUCGAGUCAGUGGUCGCACACCGAGCAUGAGGGAGACCCAACCUGAUGGGAGAGGCAGUAAAGUACACAACACUCCACCAGAUACGCCCAACAGAAAGGGUAGUCUGACAUCUGACAGAUCGGAUAAAAGGAUGACACUGCCAUCCAGAUUCCAAAAGGAAGUGCACACCCACCUGUCUAGGAACCCUCAACAGAGCCACGCUCCUUCAAACCUUAAUGAAAGCAUCCCUCCAUCAAAAACCCGGACACAACCAAAUCUCUACAAUCCCAAACUGGUCCAGUGCCGCCUCAAAGAGGUUCUAAGCAAGCACAGCAAUGGCUUCUGGGUGUCUAAACUUCCACAAUUAUACCAAGACCUAUACAAGCAAGAGCUGCCCAGUGAAGCCUUAAAAGAUCUGGAACAGUGGCCCCAUAUUUGCACAGUUGAGAAAUCAUGCAGUAGCAAAUCUCAGGAGCUACUGUUGUACCCUGCCAAGAAUGCUAGCCUAAGCACAAACACAUAUAGCCUUAUGACUCAUGCCAAGCAGUUUCCAUCACCUCCAAAGCCCCAGAGAGUGUCCAGAAAACCAAACACAUCAAGCCCACUGGCAUCCCCCAAGGCUGUACCCAAAGACAUCAAACAAAACCUAGCAGAGCUGCUUCUUAAGUACAGCAGUGGCUUAUGGGCUCAUGCCCUCCCCAAACUCUACCAGGAUACUUACAAGACCAACUUGCCUGAGUAUGUGCUUGACAACUUGCCCCUGCUCUCAGAUAUAUGUACCAUUGACUAUCCCGUGCCAGACAACCCCAAAAGGGCAAUUUUGUACGUGAAGUUAUUACAGGAUGAGAACUGCAAUCAGACAGACUCAGCAGACCUGAAGGCAAGAGAAGAAGCUGGGAGGCGUCUCAGUUCUCAAUCUGUGCCUCUCUUAAUUCCCAGGGAGGAGUACCCAUCAGUACUGGUGGUGGAGGCAUGCAGUACUAACAGUGUAGUUCUCAGAUACAUCGGUGAGGAUUAUUCCAAAGCCCAGGAAAAGCUGGAGGAUGACAUGAAGGAAUUCUACCAACAAGAUAACACCCGGAAACCACUGAUCUCAGUUUCAUCAGGCCAAUUAUCUGCAGUCAUAGCUGAAGAAGAGGACGAGAUCCUCCGGGCACAAGUGUGUGAGGUCAAGACUGAUAAAGUCAAGGUUUAUUAUGUGGAUCAUGGCGUUUAUGAUGUUAUUAGUAAAAGCAAGCUGCUGGAGUUGCAUGAGAAAUUUUUCAAACUGCCAUUCCAAGCUACCAAAUGUAAAUUGGCUGGCCUUGAAGCCUUUGCUCUGGAGCCAGCAGUGUUAAAACGAUUUGAUUCCAUGGCAAGUGGUAAAAUCCUGCUGGCUGAGAUCCUAGAGCGAGAAGACAUUCCUGUGAUGGUGUUAUAUGACACGUCACAGGAAGAUGACAUUAAUAUCAAUUCUUCCUGCCUGGAAUCCCUGCGAGAAAAGACUUUAGAGAGUCCUCUGCAGCUAAACAGUGCUUACAUGAAUGUGAGUGUGACCAGUGUGUGUUCAGACGGGACGUUCUACUGCCAGCUGCCCUCUCGUGGUUUGACCAAACUAAGCGAAAUCCUUGAGAAGACAGAGAGCUAUUUCCACAACCAGGUCACAUCAGAGUCACUUGUGUCUAGACCUUUCUGUGGAAAAAGCUGUCUGGCUCGAUACAAAGGCAAAUGGUCUCGAGUUGAGAUAACUAACCUGCAUGGUAGACGGGUGUUGGACAUCCUGUUUGUGGACAUGGGGGUUCAGGCAUCCGUUGAAGUCACUGAGCUGAGAGAAAUCCCGCACCCUUUCUUACGCGACCUUAUCACAAUCCCGCCGCAGGCAGUGAAGUGCUGUUUGGCAGAUUUGCCUGUCAGUGUGAGCUGUUGGACUCCAGAUGCAGUGCAGUGGCUAAGAGACACAGCUCUCCACUGCAGUGACUGCAGCUUGAAGAUUGUUAAACUGGAGGAGAGCAAGCGCCUGGCCCAUGUAUACCUAUUUACUAAUAAGAACUUCCAUGACCCUAGCCACAGCCUCAACCGCCAGCUUGCCAACUCCGAUCUCUGGAAGCAUCAUGAUGAUGUGUUCUUGAGCAGCCAGGGGUCUCUGAAGAACCCUACUCGAAUUGCAUUAUCAGAUACAGCCCCGAUUACAACCCCUACGCCCUCUACUGGCACCUCCAGCCCAAGCACCAAAAGAGCAGACAAGGUUCCACAGCCAAGUAAGAGGGUGGCACCCAAUUUAGGUUCCGGUAGCAACCCGACUGGGAAUCUGACUUUGCCACCUGUGCUUCAACUCCCUCAAGUGGGGCAGAAUAUAGACAUCUAUGUGUCAGUUGCAUGCCACCCAGGCCAUUUUGUGCUCCAGCCAUGGCAGGAUAUGUACAAACUGGUGGUCUUAAUGGAGGAGAUGAUUCUGUAUUACAACAAGACAGACGAGAGGCCACUCACAGUGGAAAAAAACCAGGUGUAUGCAGCCAAAGUGGAAAACAAUUGGCAUCGAGUGCUUGUAAAAGGAGUUCUGAUCAACGGCCUUGUAUCUGUUUAUGAGCUUGACUACGGUAAGCAUGAGCUGGUUAGCUGCACGGUGCUGAGGCCCCUCAUCCAGGAGUUCAGGCAACUCCCUUUCCAGGGCAUCACUGCUCAACUGGCAGGAGUGAAGUCCAGGCAGUGGUCUGAAGAAGCUUCCAUUUUAUUCAGGAACCAUGUGGAGAAAAAGCCGAUGGUGGCACAGGUGGAAUCGGUGCAGGAGGCGGAACAGCCAUGGGAUCGCAAGCUCACUGUCUACCUGGUUGACACGUCUCAGGAGGACAGCGACAUCUGGGUCCAUGACCUUAUGGCUGAAUUUACAGAUCAGCUCACCAAGGCGGCGUAACAUUCAUGCAUUCAUGAGUUCGAUCUGAAAAUGCUGCUUGUGCUUGACUUGAAAGUAUGCACUUGUUUUAGAGUUUAGUACACUGAAAAAUUAUUUAAUUACGUCAAAUCUAGCUGCAAGGUGAAUGAUUAAAAAAAAACUACAUUGAAUUACCUGUAGCUCUAUCUUUGCCUUUAAGCUUUAAUCAUUGUGAAGAUGCAUCAAAGCUGUCAAAUAAGCGAAAAGUAAUUUCGGGGGUAUGGUGGGAUUGUGGGAUGGGACUCGAUCUGUGCGGAUGGCGCAGGACAGGAUGAUCACACACACAGUCACACACUCAUUUACACCUAUGUGAGAUUUUUAAUCAUCAGUCCAGCUACCAGCAUGUUUUUGGGAAGAUUAAAAGAUGAUUAGGUUUGAAUAAUGUGAAGUCUGACAGGUUUAACACCAUUCUGACAUUCAGAAACCAGUUGAUUCUACACAGUUAACUAGAGUCACAACAGAAUUUUACACGGAAUCUAUGAAUGUUGAAAAUGUUGACCAAGUGCCACAGUUCAUUGCAAAGCUGGGGAAUCAACUUAUUUCUUCCUGAAAUGUGACGACAGCUCCACAGGUUCUAAACAAGCCUUUGGAGUUUGUUAACACUUAUUUAGUACUUCCUUUUCCUAUUUAAAAAAAAAAAAUAAUAGAAAAUGAAUGAAAUUAGCUGGUUUCUGCAGAAAAUGUGAUAGUCAUGGUAUAUUUGGCAACCUAAGGCUACAUCCAUAGUGUUAGUGUGGCUUAAUAGCCGAGUUUUAUUUAGCUAAAACGUGCAGUGUAAAUUCUUUAUGAACAUUAAGAUCUAACAUUUCUGUUCAAAAAUAAAACACACGAGCUGGGGUUAAUCCCACAUGGAAAGAGUUUGAUAAAUAAAGUUCAAGAAGGAUCAUA